AACAAUCACAAAAUUACCACUAGUAAUUUUCCAAUCUAAAAUUUCACUAUAGCUCAGACGCUAGAAAUCACUAAACAAAUGCUGUUUCUGGAAAUCACGAUGAGAUGAUAGACUGUACAUUUGUUGUUUCAUGACAGGGCUAUUCAUUCUACCUCGUGUUCACUAAAGACCAUUUUGUGGGUAUAUUGAUUUAAGUUAGAGUGGCAUUAAUUGUAAAAAUUAAAAUGAACGGAAUUGUAAGAAACACGCUACGCUCACCGGUAAUUAGAACUUUGUUUUCAUCAAUCUCAAACACAGGAACCGCGAAUAAUCAAUUAAAAACACUAUGGAACGUUUCUCGACAAAUCCAAAUCACACCUAUUGCUUCGGUAAAGCUAUUUAAGCGCCCGGGUGCUAAUUCCAGUUGUAGACAUUCUCAUACAAAAGCUGAGAAGGAGCUCGUGGAAUUUCUAGCUGAAGAAAUUAUAGCGGAGAAAAAAGCACAAAAACUAAAAACCAUUCCCACCGAAUUGGAGGGAUUUAAAGUCUCGCUUGACGGUGCGGACGUUAAUUUAGAGAAGACACAAGACAAUGAAACGAUUAGGAUUUCAUUUAAUAUAAAUCAUACUGUUGAUUCUGACUCUGAACCUAAUAUUGAAGUUACCAGUGAUAGCCCAGACAUUGGUGAUAUAAAGAGCAAACCAUCCUUCACGGUGGAUAUAGUUAGGGGAAAUCAAACUCUAGGAUUUACUUGUUCUUUUAAUAAUGAGCCUGGUGCAUCAGGUGCCAAUGACAGUUAUAUAUCUGUAUGACUUGUUGAUGAAUUAUCUCGAAGAAAAAGGCGUUUCAAAUGAAUUUGCGGAGAAAAUAAUCGAACUCAGCACAAGUUAUGAACAUACUGCAUAUGUCAGCUUAUUAGAAGGCCUCUCAAAAUUCACGUCCGGCAAAUAGUUCAUGUUACUUCCUAUUACAUUUACAAUUAAUUAGAUAUAGAAUAUGUUUAUUUCAAUAAUUAUAAUAAAUACAUGUAAUUUUCCAACAUGUUUCUUUUAUCAACGUUUCAAAAACAUUCUCUGAGAAUAAAAGCUACAUCCCCGUUAUUGAAUUAUUGAAUUAAUAUUACUGUAUUAAUUCAAUACUAUUAAUUUCUAAGUGAAAUAAAUACCCUGAAAUUGACAAUGUGGUUUAUUCAUUUGUCAAAAAUCAGCAGUGUGUAAUUAUGCGACAGAAAAAGUGUAACAAGUUGGAAUGGGAAGAAGAAAAAAAAGGGACCCAAUGUUGAAAUCCGGUUUCGAUGAAUACGCGUACCAACUGUACUAAUUGCAAGUAAGAGCAAGAAUGUUCUCAAAGUGGUGGAAUUGAAUGAAACAAUGGCAUUGUGCUUAUCGGCGAUUGUGGAACGGGCAAGACGUGUGUCGUUCAGAGAUUUCGAUCUGGUACAUUUAUCGAAAGGCAUGGAAAUACAAUUGGCGUGGACUUUUCCAUGAAAACUGUACUGAUCGACGACAAGAAGGUUAAGUUUAUGAUAUUACAAAAAGAUCCACGUUCUUAAGCUUACAACAUUGGGUCGAAGAAGUACGAAGGUAUACUUCAUCACAUGUGUUAUUAAUUUUAGUUGGCAAUAAAUGUGAUUUAGAAAGUCUGCGAGAAGUUGAAAAAGGAGAAGCGGAAACUCUUUGUCAGUAUUUUCCUGAAGUGUUGCAAGUAGUAGAAACGUCAGCCAAAGAAAAUACCAAUAUAGAUUCUAUAUUUUUUUACCUGGCAUCUGAGCUUAAAAGAAGACACGAAAAUCGCCAAAUAAAUGCUAACGGAGAUGAAGUUGUUAGACUUGGUGCGAGUAGAAAAUUGUCUUCCUGUUCAAGUUGUUCAUACAAAAUAUUUUAGGUAGUACUUUUUGAACAAAUGAUAUACAUAUCCUAAGUUAAAAUUUGUAAUAUAUAUAAAGUGAAAAAGUAAUAUAUAAUAUUUUUAUAAUGAUUCAAAUAAUGUGAUAUUAAAAAAGUUAGUUACAUCAUAAUGACAGAACAAAACUGAUCAUAAUACUAAACCAAUAUUUUAUGAUCGCUUAAGUAUGAAAAAAGAAGUCACCAUAGAUUUGUAUUAAUCUAAAAAUUUACAUCUACAGUUUUGCUGGAAACUUAAGAUUGAGUGGAGAUGAAUCUCCUAAGAGAUUUUAAAUGUAUAGAUUUGUAAAUAUAAACGUUUUAUAUUUUAUAAUACUCUAUCACAAUUAUACAGUUCAACUAUAUAUAAAUGUAACAGAAGUAAAUGCUCGUAUUUAUUUUUUAUGAAUCUCAAAAGAAACAAAUGAUUAACAUAUUUUUCUAAAUAAAAAAUUGCUAUUCUACUAUUUUUCUAACAUUGUUGUAACUUUAAAUUAUUAAAAUAAAAUAUAAGUAAUGUACUUCACAUUCGUUUAUUGUCAAUUAAUAAUCAAAAUAAAGAAACAUAUUUAAGAAAAUAUUAGUUGAACAAUAUAUUACAUUUAUAUUAUUUAUUAACAUUCAUAUAUAAACAUUACAAGACAAAUAUCUGUUGGUAAAUUGCAAUACAUCACUUUACAAAUAUUUUCUUUUUUUAACAAAAUAUAUAAAAAAUUUGAACAUUUUAUAAUUAACGUGUCAAUUGACUUAUCAAUAUGCAAAACAUAAAUAACAAAAUUAUUGAUUAAUUAUUUUACGUACAAACUGCUUCAUUUUUAAUAUAUUAUAUUCUAUGUACAUAUGAAUAUAUACACUUGAAUAAUAUUAUGUUUACAUCAUUGACAUUCUGACUUGUCAUAAAUCAGAAUAAUGAAUUAUUCAGUAUGUUCAAGCAAAAAACUAAAUAUCAAGGAGUUAAAAAAAUUUAUUGUUAAGGCACUUUUUAUAUAUACAUAUAUGUAAAAACCAUGUCCAAUUCUUUAUUAUUUUCUUUAAAUAUUCACAUAAUUCACAAACUAAUAAUCGACAAAAAUGCAUUAAAAAUAUAUUUAAAAAUUUUUUUUAAAUUAUUAUUUCCAACAUGAUGAAAAGCAAUAAUUAUAACUUUGUUAUCUUCAAUUAAAAAAGAUAUAGAAUUGCGUAAUAGAUAUAUUAGAAACUGUACAUAAUAAAUAAAUAUAUAAACAAAAGUAUUGUUCUGAAAAUGAUUGAUAUGAUAUCUGUCUAUUAUAUAUCUAUAUAAUUUGGAUCUGUGAAUUUAUAUUUAUAAACAGAUUAAAAAAUUAAAAGUUUACAUUUCAUAAUAUUCAGUGCACACUAAGAAAAUUUUUGUUUAAUAAAAAUAUAUUUUAUAUCCUAGUUAUUAAUUUAUUUUUUAAAUUAUAUACAUAAUCAUGCACCAUUGUAAUUUUGAUUAGAGAAUUGAAAAUACCCCAAACAGUUUGUUCGUUAAACUUUAAAUUAAAAUUAAGAACUGACAAAAGUUUUAUACUCUGUUGUAAGUUCUUCUAUAUUUUUCAUCCACUUGUACAAGAUAGUAAGAUCCAGGAAACAUAUUUUUAAUACUACUUUGCGGGCUAAAUGGCACUGUGUGACAAUUCUGUUCACGCCAUUCCAAUAUCUUUGUAUAAUCUUCUGGGGAAAUCUUUUGGCGAGCAUCAAGCUCCUUUUUAAUAUAAGAAAGUGAGGAGACAAUUUUCAUUAAGUCUGAUUUUUCAUUACAUUCUUUUGUUAUCGUUAACGAAUACAUAGUAGAACAGAGUCCUGAACCAUAUGAAAAUAUUCCUAUUUUAGUGCCUGCCAAUUCCUUUAUGGGUUUAUUAAUUAGUAAAGAAGCUAAUCCAGUAUAUACAGACGGAGUGUACAUAUUUCCUACUUGAUUUGCUAUCAUUAAAGAAGGUUGCGUCUUUUGUAGAAAGUCUGGUUUACUCAAAUUUACAAAUGUCUUCUCAAUGUCUUUAUUAGAAUAAGUGUCUUCAACUUUAAUAUCGUGAAACUGCACCAACUCUGGAUGCUUUUCAGAUACUUCUUCUUUAGAUGUAUUCAAGAAAUCAAUGAAAGCUAAUCUGGCGAAUGACUUCUGCACUAACUUACAGUAUGGAGAAUGAAAUAGAAAUGCAUUAAAGCUAUUCAGAGUCACGUCAUAGUUAUACUUGUUCUUUACUUUUUUACAAUAAGUCUGGUAGCAAGUAUCCAGUGCGUUAAGGUAACACUCAACCGAUAGUCUCCCAUCGACAGUGGGAUACUCAGACUUUAAGUUUGGCUUGUAAAAGUCGUACACGUGUUUCAUGCACGAUGCCCUUACUCCACGGUCGAUUAUUAAAGGUGCAUUUGGUCCGAUUAACAUUGCCAUGGCCCCAGCGCCUCCAGUUGGUCUAGCACUUCCAGGAGAGUACACAGCAUUGUCACCAGCCACGACUAAAGCCAACCGGCCGUCCCAAGCACUGCUUUCUACCCAAGACACGGCAUUUAAAAGAGCAGCAGUACCUCCAUAGCAAGCGUUGGUUGUGUCCGUUCCUUCCACAUCUGUGCAGUUAUACGGUUCAAACAGUUGCAUGAGGACAGACUUAACUGACUUGCUCUUGUCUAUUAUGGUCUCAGUCCCAACUUCCAAUCGUCCAAUGUCCUCUGGCUUUAUGUCAUACCUGUCCAUUAACCGGUGCACAACCGUCAAGCACAAAGAGUUGAUGUCCUCGCGGUCAUUGCAGAAACCCAUCCUAUAUUGGCCCAAGCCAAUAGUGUAUUUGCCAGCGGACACACCGUCAAACUGUUCCAACUCCGUUUGCUCGACAUACUGGGCAGGAAAGUAUAUCUCUAUCGCUUUGAUACCAACGUCUCUCGGCCACAUGAUACUUGAUUCUGGUCAAUCAAUUUGGUUGGUUGUUAUAAUAUUUCCUCUAGUAGUCAAUCCUUCUACAAGUACAGUAUUUGUGAACAAAAUUCUUAGAGUCGUACGCUCGUGAUAAUAUACGCGACAAUAUAGAUUACUUUCUUGUAGUGGAAAGUACACGUGACGCCGGUCGACCGUGAAACGUGCAUGAAAUAUUGUUACACUUUGGCACGACUAAUGUCCCCUGGACACUGACGAUGAUCUUUAAAAUAACAGAAAUUCAGCAGAUUGUACCUUCGUUAGUUUCGAUCAUCGCAGUUCAGAGCCGAUAAUUCCCGGCCAAGGAAAUGUGUGCUUCGGGGGCAGGCACGUUGCCACCAGAGACCCACCACGGGAGCGUGAAUUCAGGUUAGAAGUGAAACUCGACUGAGUUGAAUAUUACGGUCACUGGACGACUGACUGACUUCUUAUCCCGAUGUUUCGGGCCUCGUUUGAUCUUUCUUCUCACUUGCGGCCUAUCGUUUUCGUCGAUUCAGUCUCGCUGAAAGAGACCGAACCUGCCAACUAACGUUCUACGCACGAAUGCUCGCUCGUCGAGCUGCCACUGCUUAUUCAAGCGGUCGCAAUCCCGCCUUGGAGGGGAUAUGAAAAUUCAUUUGAUUUUCAUUAGGAAUACGUAUACAUACGUACAUACGUACACAUAUUACAGUUUAUACUCGGUGUAUUAUGUAUCAUGGCUUUG